AUGAUCGUCACUACGCGUGGCUUCGCUCCCGCCACUCGCCUCCCAAGACGUUUUGCCAGCACAGCGUCCAAAGCUCCUCGCAAAUCGCCCGCCCCCAAACCGCCGUGUACCACUCCUCCUCCUCCUCGCCUCUCAAAAUCAUACAGACCCAGCGGCCCCCCGAAGCCCUCAUCUCGACCCCGAUAUGCUCCCCAUCCCUCACAACCCGGCGAUGCCGGCACCGGCACCGGCACCGGCACCGAUACCCUCCAAUCCCUCUGGCGCCGCUCGUGGCUCCCACUCUCCGGCGCCGCCCUCCUAUCCGGCUUCCUGGGCUUCUACAUCGUCGGCACCGUCACCGCCUCCUUGAAAGCCCACCCAAGCCAAACAUCCUGCCAGCACGCCACGCCGACCGGUCGCCCGCCCGCCCUGACAGGCGACAAUGCCGAGCGGUUCGACAAGGAACUGGAUCUCCCCGAAUGGUGGAUGGGCAUCACCAAGCUGCGCAGGAAACUAGCCGACCACGCAAGCGGCAACGUGCUAGAGCUGGCCGUAGGCACGGGCCGAAACCUCAAAUACUACAACUGGGAUGCACUGCGCGAGACUUGCCCCGCGUCGCGGAGCAAGCCCGCGGCCAGCAGGGGAAUAUCCUCCUUCACGGGGCUAGACAUAUCCGCGGACAUGCUCGACGUCGCGCGCAGACGGCUCGUCACGGCCGUCCCGCCAACGGCCGACUCGGGGCCCGUCGUCGAGAGACGGACGCCCACGGGCGACGGCCGACCCGGCGGGCAGCUGGCCUUUCUCGGCGACCGACUGCGCCUGAUUUGCGCCGACGCGCACCACGCCCUCCCGCCGCCGGCCGGCGCGGCGCGGCCAUCCUCGCCCCCGUCGAAGGCGACGUACGAUACCAUUAUACAGACGUUUGGGCUUUGCUCCGUGGCAGAUCCCGUGGCCGUCUUGUGCAAUUUGGCGUCCGCUGUCAAACCCGACAGCGGACGCAUCAUCCUGCUCGAGCACGGCAAAGGAUGGUACGGACUCGUCAAUGGUCUUUUGGACAGGAAUGCGGACAGGCAUUUCGACAAGUACGGCUGUUGGUGGAACCGCGACAUCGAGGCGCUCGUCGACGAAGCCGUGCAAAAGACACCGGGACUGGAGGUCGUCAAGAUCGACCGACCAAACCUGAUGCAAAUGGGUACUUUGGUCUGGGUAGAACUACGCAUGCGAGAUGAGAAGAAGUAG